AGUUCAAAUUUCGGCGGCGGUUGGGGCGGGCGCUCCCGGUUCCGUCCCUUGUCCUGGCCCUGCUGCUCUCGUGCCGGCUCCGUCCCUUGUCCCGGCUCCGCUGCUCCUGUCCCGGGCGGGCAUGGCGGACGAGGGCGCCGUCACGGUGUGCGUGCGAGUGCGGCCGCUCAUCUCCAGAGAAAAUGCCUCAGAUAAAGUGUCCCUGCACUGGACAAGUGAGAAUAAUACUGUUUCCGACGUGAGUGGUACCAAAACGUUUAGUUACGAUCGUGUCUUUCACUCAAGUGACAACACUCAGCAGUUGUAUGAUGGUGUAGCUGUUCCAAUUAUACAGUCAGCUGUGCGAGGCUAUAAUGGCACAAUUUUUGCUUAUGGACAGACUGCUUCAGGGAAGACUUACACAAUGAUGGGGAAUGAAGAUUCUGUGGGCAUUAUCCCUAAGGCAAUUCAACAUGUGUUCAAAAUUAUUUGUGAGAUUCCAGACAGAGAAUUCCUGCUAAGGGUUUCAUACAUGGAAAUCUACAAUGAAACAAUUACUGAUUUGCUUUGCGAUAAUAGGAAAAAGAAGCCCCUGGGAAUUCGUGAGGAUGUUAAUAGGAAUACAUAUGUAGAAGAUCUGAUUGAAGAAGUGGUGGUUGCCCCAGAACAAGUUAUGGAAUGGAUCAGAAAAGGAGAAAGAAAUCGCCAUUAUGGAGAAACAAAAAUGAAUGAACACAGCAGCCGUUCUCACACUAUCUUCAGAAUGAUCAUUGAAAGCAGAGAACGAAGUGACCCUGCAAAUGCAAACUGUGAUGGAGCAGUCAUGGUUUCCCACUUGAACUUGGUAGAUCUGGCAGGCAGUGAAAGAGCUAGUCAAACAGGAUCUGAAGGUGUUCGACUGAAGGAAGGCUGCAAUAUAAAUCGGAGCUUGUUCAUUCUGGGUCAAGUUAUCAAAAAACUUUGUGAUGACCCCUCUGGCUUCAUAAAUUACAGAGACAGCAAGCUGACUCGAAUUCUGCAGAACUCCCUUGGAGGAAAUGCUAAAACAGUUAUUAUUUGUACAAUUACUCCUGUUUCUUUUGAUGAGACACUCAGCACUCUUCAGUUUGCCAAUACAGCCAAAGGAAUGAAGAAUACACCAAAAGUCAAUGAAGUUCUUGAUGAUGAUGCCCUCCUGAAAAGAUACCGCAAAGAAAUUCUGGACUUGAAAAAGCAGCUGGAGGAAGUGUCUUCAAAAACUCAGAUUCAUGCAAUGGAAAAGGACCAACUGGCCCAGCUGUUGGAAGAAAAAAAUUCUCUUCAAAAAGUACAGGAGGACAGAAUACGAAACUUAACCGAGAUGCUGGUGACUUCUGCUUCCUUUGCCUCAAAAGAGAAAGUUAAAGCCAAGAGAAGAAGAAGAGUUACUUGGGCUCCUGGUAAAAUAAACCAGGCAAACGUGAGCUUUUUUGAAGACUUUGAAAAUGCAAUGCCAACUGAAACAAAAAAAAUGAAAUUGUCUCUGCCAGCAGUACCAGAUGUGGAGGAUUCUGCCUUAGAGAAUUCUGGGUAUGACAGCCAUUUCCUGAUGGUUCCAGAUCAAAUUUCAGAAGAAGCUUGGAUUGCUGGUCCUAACAUGAAUUGGACCCAGAAAGACUUUGAAGAAUCUGUGCAACUCUGUGAAGAAUUAGCACUAGAAAAGGAUAUUGCUGUAAACAAGGUCAACGUCCUGCAAGCUAACUUUGAUAAUCUAGUGCAGGAAAAUGAGCAGUUGAAGUCAGAAAUAAAUGAACUGAAAGAGAGACUGAAGGAAAAAACAGAAAUAGAUGAAUUUGAAGCACUGGAAAAGCAAACACAAAAAGAUCAUGAGAUUCAACUAAUGCAUGAAAUUACCAACUUAAAGAAUCUAAUUUCAAAUGCUGAAGUGUACAAUGAGGAACUUGAGGCAGAAAUAAAUUCCAAACUGGAACAGCUGAAGGAGAAAGAGAACAAAAUAAAAACAUUACAGAAUCGUGUGGAAGAACUACAAAAAGCAGAAGUGGAAAGAAAGGAGACAUCUUUUGCACUGGGAGAUUGUGAUAAACUAACUGAAAAAAUUCAGCAGCUGAAUAAAUCCCUCUUAGACAGUGAAACCAUAGCCUUGGAUGCCAAAAAAGAAUCUGCUUUUCUCAGAAGUGAAAAUUUGGAGUUGAAGGAGAAGAUGAAUGAACUCUUAAAUGACCAUAACCAAAUGCAAAAGGAUGUCCAGUUAUAUCAAAGCCAAAUAGAAGCGGGAAAAGCCAGUUACCGAAAAAUGCAAGCUGACUUGCAGAGAGAGCUGCAAUCUUUAUUUCAAGAAAACACAAGACUAACUUCACUGAUGGAGGGUAAAGUUCCAAAAGAUUUGCUUUCUCAUGUGGAGCUGGAAAAAAAGGCAGCUGACUUAAAAGGAGAACUAGAAAAUGCUUUGAAAGAGAAUGCACUUCUACAGAAACAAGUAAAUGAGCUAUCAGAAUUUCAAUCGCUACCAAAUACAGUUGAGAUACAAAAGAAAGAGAUUGUUGAAAAAUGUGAGGAGUUACGCUUAUUAAAACUGGAAAAUGAAAAGCUGCUUUCUGAAGUAGCUGAUAAUGAAAUGAGACUUAAACAUAUGUCUGAAGAAAUUGAAAAAUCAAAAGACAAUCUCACAGAUGUACAAUUGAAAUAUACAAAGUGUGAUGAGGAAUAUGUAGCACUUAAACAACUCCAUGAAGAAAUAGAACAAAAAUACACUGCUGCAUCAGAAACUAAUGAACAAAUGAAGCUCCAAAUAGAAUGCCUAUCUAAAGAAGCACAAGAGUCUAAAACAAUUUUGGAUGAAGUGAAAUUAGAGCUCUCUAGCAAAAUGAAAGAACUGGAAGAGAAAGAAGCAGAGCAAAAACAACUUCUUGAGCUAAGAGAAAGUCUUGUUCAGACUCAGCAGAAGUUAAACGAACUGGAGCAAUUAAAAGAGAAGGAAAGGAUUAGUGAAGUGAGACUGGAGGCCAAAGACUUGGAGAUCCAGGCAGUCUUGCAGCAGCUUACAGAAUGUCAGGAAGAAAUAAAAACUCUAACCCAGGAAAGAGAUGACCUGAAGCAAAAAGAGGAGUUUCUCCAAGCUGAAACAGAGCAACUCAGAGAGGAUAUAAAGGACACUGUUUCCAUGAACAUCUUGGCACAUGAAGAUUUGAGAAAUACACAGAAUUCUCUGAAGGAAUCCCAAAAAACUGUCAAGAAGUUGGAACAAACUCUUUCUGAAAAAGAAUCUCAGAUUCUGAGUGUGGAAGAGGCACUAGGGAAAACCAUUAAAGAACUCCAAAUACAGAUCUCAGAAAUGACAGAAGAAAUGAAAAUCAUCACAUCAGAGAGAGAUCAGCUUCAGGUGCAAAAGGAACAAAUCAUUUUCCUUACCCAAGAGAACCGUUCCUUGCAGGAGAAGCUGGACAGUUUACUUUUGAAAACAGAGGAGUGUGGGGAAGGAACUUGGAUACCACAGACUCAAGGACAAUCUGUGGAGCAAGAGUUAUUGCUUCUGAGAGAAGAGCUGAGCCAGGCACAACAGAAAUUGCAUGAAAUGGAGGAAGCAAAGGCCAGUGAAUAUCAAGGGGAACCGGAAAAAAUGGAGAGAACAGAUGUUAUUCCAAAACCACAUGACUCCCAGGAAGUCAGCAUCCAGACUGAAAGAGAUGAUGAUGAAUUUAAAAUGCAACUGGAAAAUCUCCAGCAUGAGAGAGACCAGCUGAGAGAAAUGCUACAGGAGACAAUUAGCAAGAACUCAGAGAUACAGGAGGAGUUGAGAUGUACUUGUGAAUGUCUUGCACAGCAGCAGGAGAAGAUUGUGGAGCUGAAAGGAAGUAUUUCAGAGAAAGAAAACCAGCUCUCAAAGGUGCAAGGGGCAUUGGAGGAGAAAACUGAUAAGCUGCAGCAGAAGCUCACUGAAGUCACUGAAAACCUGACUCGUGUCUCAGCUGAGUAUGGCGACCUCGUGGCAGAAAAGCAGCAAACUGAAAGGGCAAUGAGUGAGCAGCUUGAGAGAAUCACUUCACUUAGCAAGGAGAAGGAUCAGCUUCAGCACCUGGUAGAGACUUGUAAGGAAAGGGAAGAACACUUGUUACAGGUUCAGAGGCAGUCAGAGACUUUGAAGGACAGCCUGACAAACAAGAUCUCAGAAAUGACAGAAGAAAUGAAAAUCAUCACAUCAGAGAGAGAUCAGCUUCAGGUGCAAAAGGAACAAAUCAUUUUCCUUACCCAAGAGAACCGUUCCUUGCAGGAGAAGCUGGACAGUUUACUUUUGAAAACAGAGGAGUGUGGGGAAGGAACUUGGAUACCACAGACUCAAGGACAAUCUGUGGAGCAAGAGUUAUUGCUUCUGAGAGAAGAGCUGAGCCAGGCACAACAGAAAUUGCAUGAAAUGGAGGAAGCAAAGGCCAGUGAAUAUCAAGGGGAACCGGAAAAAAUGGAGAGAACAGAUGUUAUUCCAAAACCACAUGACUCCCAGGAAGUCAGCAUCCAGACUGAAAGAGAUGAUGAUGAAUUUAAAAUGCAACUGGAAAAUCUCCAGCAUGAGAGAGACCAGCUGAGAGAAAUGCUACAGGAGACAAUUAGCAAGAACUCAGAGAUACAGGAGGAGUUGAGAUGUACUCGUGAAUGUCUUGCACAGCAGCAGGAGAAGAUUGUGGAGCUGAAAGGAAGUAUUUCAGAGAAAGAAAACCAGCUCUCAAAGGUGCAAGGGGCAUUGGAGGAGAAAACUGAUAAGCUGCAGCAGAAGCUCACUGAAGUCACUGAAAACCUGACUCGUGUCUCAGCUGAGUAUGGCGACCUCGUGGCAGAAAAGCAGCAAACUGAAAGGGCAAUGAGUGAGCAGCUUGAGAGAAUCACUUCACUUAGCAAGGAGAAGGAUCAGCUUCAGCACCUGGUAGAGACUUGUAAGGAAAGGGAAGAACACUUGUUACAGGUUCAGAGGCAGUCAGAGACUUUGAAGGACAGCCUGACAAACAAGCUCACUGAAGUCACUGAAAACCUGACUCGUGUCUCAGCUGAGUAUGGCGACCUCGUGGCAGAAAAGCAGCAAACUGAAAGGGCAAUGAGUGAGCAGCUUGAGAGAAUCACUUCACUUAGCAAGGAGAAGGAUCAGCUUCAGCACCUGGUAGAGACUUGUAAGGAAAGGGAAGAACACUUGUUACAGGUUCAGAGGCAGUCAGAGACUUUGAAGGACAGCCUGACAAACAAGAUUCAACAGUUAACUGAGACAUUAAAUAGUGUCUCAUGUGAGAAGGACCUUUUAUUAGCUGAAAGAACUAAUCACUCUUUACAACUUAAAGAACAAAUCUCAUCAGUUAAUCAAGAAAAAGAUGAGCUACAAAAACUUCUUCAGGAUGUCAGGUCUGAGCGGGACCAGCUCAAGACAGAAUUACAAAAAAAUUCUGAGAUGUGUGUUGAAACAAAGGCAAAACUGGAAGAUGCUUUAGAACAAAUGAAGCUGAGAAACCUGAACAAUAUGUCCAUUCAGGUAAACCCAGUGGAUAUUGCAGAGCAGGUGGCCAAUGACAGCUUGACAGACAAAACAUUGAAAAUUAAGGAGCUUCUUGAGAAAUUCCCAAGCAUGGGGAAGAGAUAUGAAUGUCUCUCUACAGUGUCUCUUAAGCUGAAGAGUGAACUGAACAGUCAGAGAGCACUGCUAGCUGUGAUACUGCCUCAGCUUCCACUGGAGCAGAGUAAACAAGUCAAAAUGCUUCAAACUAAAAAUGAGGAUAUUAACACUCGUCUCCAGAAAUUAUUGACCAAAUUGAAGCUUCUCUUCAGCUCUGUUUGCACAAAGAGAAGAGAAUAUCACACUACUGUUCACAAGUAUGAAAUGGAAUUGCUGGAGGAAAAGAGAAAACAAGAUCACCUACAGUCCCAGAUUCAGUGUCUCAGGAAGAUUAAUUUGAAGCAGAAUGAAGUAUCAUCUCAAGAGUUAAACAGCUGUGAAGGACUGCAGAGUUUCUACUUGGAUGCAGAGAGCAUUCUCAAAGAUGUAUCAGAAAUGGAAAAUGAACUUCUCUGCAUAGAAGCAGAGUUAGACCAGGAAGCAAGUGCUAGAAAAGAAACAAUACAGUUCUGGGAAGUUUGUUCAGAAACUCACUGGGAUACAGAGGAAUUGAAAGAAGAACUAAAGAAAGAUAAUGAAAGACUCCUGCAAAUCUUUCAAUUCUGGACUCCUAAAGUGAAGAUGCUCCUUGAACUUUCUUCAGAACUGGAUGCCAGAACUGCUGAUUAUAGUAAAAAUGCUGAUGUUGAAUUAAAACAGAGAAAAGAGAAAAAUGAAGAGUUGCUUCAGGAUCUAAACACUCUAAAAGAAAAACUGGCCCCUGGUGGCUCUGCCAGUCUGGCAUUAGAAGAAGAAAAUUAUAGGCUUCAUAAUAAAUUAAAGGCUGCAGAACAAGAUAAAAAGGCUAUGGAAGUAAAAAUUCAGAAGUUAGAAAAUGUAAUAAAUGAAGUGGGAGAAAGUAUCAAAGAGAGAGAUGACAGGAUAAGCAAGUUACAAGCACAGAUGAGAAUAAGAACAAAGACAAGUGAGCUCACCCAACUGCAAGCCAAACUGAAUGAGAUGGAUAAUUGCCUCAGGACUGCCUUAACAGAGAAACAGAGUCUUCAGGCAAAAUUAGAUGAAGGUGCUGAGCUGUACAAAGAAGAAAUUGACCGUCUCAAAACACAAUUGGUAAAAUGUGAUCUAGAAAGAAUGAAACAAUCCAACUCCUUUGAAAGGAAACUUGCUAAUUAUGAAGCCCUUGCAGAACACCAAGAACAGCAGUUAACAAAGCUAAAAGAAGAACUGAGGAGAGCAUACCAAGAGCAAGAUGUUACUGUGCUGAAAGAAGCAGAUCCUCAGCAACCCCAAAAACCCCUUACCUGUGGUGGUGGCAGUGGUAUUGUGCAGAGCACACAAAUACUUGUUCUAAAAUCUGAACAAGCCAAGCUACAGAAAGAGAACUUGCAGCUGAAGAAACAAAAUGACCUUCUGUUGAGUGAAGAACUUCAACUGAAAGAAGAAGUCAGGAAAUGGAAAGAAAGAGCACUAAAAUGGAGAGAAAAAUCCUCAAGAGAAACUACUCGAGAGACAAUACCAAAGUCUCCUAAGAAGACAGUGUCAUACUUCUUUAAAGAGCAAACACCUUCACCCUGCAAGGAAACUGUUUCUCAGGAAACAGUGACUCAGGACCUACCAAAACCUCUAAAUCCGACUCGUCCGACAAAUUUCUUUGAUAAUUCCAACUUGGGUGUGCUAACAGAUACACGACCUGAGGGCAGAGAGUCCACAGAAGAACAUCUGAGGCACUUCUUUGGGACUCCAGGCAGAGAUAAAGCCCCUGACUGCAAAACCCAGUAAAGAUGCUCUGUUAUAAGCUGCCCUUACAGUGCCUACAGCCAGGAUCUGCAUAUACAAAAGAAAAUUGCUUCAGGUUAAAAACCAUCAGCUGCUUCCAUCUUUGCUGUCUUGGAGUUUCUACUUCUCACAGCUGGGAAAGCUGGAAUAUGAGGACAAAGAUGGAAAACCAGAUGUUUCCCCGCAACCUGCUAAGCUGCUGAUGUUCUACUUUGGCGUUUUGGUGUGGAUUUUUUUAAUAGGAAAGGGAAGCUAAUGUAUUGAAAAAAAAAGGGAAAAGGAAUGGAUCACAAACUAAUCUACUGUGAAACUUCUCAGUCUCAAAGUUUUCAUUCUGUCAUUCCUAAACCAGCCCUUUUCUGAGGUGUUGACAUUUCUAUCUUCAGAGUGCUGUUGACUUGGCAAGAAAUAUUCUUUGUUUCUUAGCAUGUGGUUUUUAUACCAUAUAUUCUUUGGGCCAAGAAAAACCGCGUUUUCACAACAAUCUUGACUUCUUAGGUCACUGCAACCGAAGUUACUGAUCUUGUGUUUGUAGAGCACACAAUCAAGGGUUUCUCUUAAACUCCUUAAAAGUUUCUGCAGCUCAGCCAAUUAUGGUUUAGUGAGUAACUUUGAAUUUUGCAUCAUUUUUCAAUAUACCUGUCUGACGUUGUCUAAUUGCACUUUUUUAAAAUAGGAAGCAAUGGACUGCGCACUUUUCCUUCUCUAGUGAAGGGAAAACAAACCAGAUCAUUGGGGCAAGAUGGACUCUUAUUAACCUACUUAUCUGUAUUGUGAGACCUACAUUUUGUAUGUUUUAUAUAUGAAAUUUUGACUUGACAAUAAAGUUUGUGUUAAAUAUGUAAAAA